GGCUGCUUGUUUGGACGCUGCGGCCACUAACGCUGACUCGUGGAACACAGAAACUGAAGUGGUCAAUCCCCUCGUAGCUGACCAUGGAGCUGUGGUGCUGACGAUUUCAACAGACAUGACGACACGACCCUGAUGAGCAGAGGGAGCGACAUCACCCAACUACGUUUGGAAGCCAGUUACCUACUAGAGGAGGCUAAAGAUUGGUUCAACUGUAAUAGACUUAAGAUAAAUGAAGAAAAAACCCAGACGCUGCUUUGCACUCUGAAGACUGGGGUCCCCUUCCAGGAGGCGGUAAAGCUGUUGGGGUUCUGGCUGGACUCUAAGUUAAGUUGGAACGACCACUUAUCAAAGGUAUGUACCAAACUCUCUCGAGUCAUUUGCCUCCUGAGGAAGCUAAGGGCUUUGAUAACCAGACCUUAUCUUUUGACUGUGUAUCAUGCCCUUUUUCAUAGUCACCUGAUGUAUGGCAUUGUGCUGUGGGGACAUUCCCCGGCUGUUCGGGAUGUAUUGCUGCUGCAGAAAAAGGCCUUAAGAAUCUUAACAUCAUCGGCCCCGCGCGAACACUGCCGGCCCCUUUUUAUGGAACUCGGCGUUCUCACCGUAUACAGCCAGUACAUCCUCAACACCCUGGUGCUUCUUAGGGAGAACUUGGCUGAUUUUGUGACCAGAGACAACGUGCAUAAAUAUAACACCCGCCGAGCUCAGGACCUCGACAUGCCCCGCUGUCGUCUCAGUGGCACUCAAAAGGCCUACCCACAGUCUGCAAUCAAGAUUUUUAACACUUUGCCGCAGAAUGUGCGAGUACUGGAAAUGAGAGAUUUUAAAAAGGUGUUAAAGGAUCGUUUGCUUGAGAGGCCUCUGUACUCCCUGGAAGAACUAAAUCAUGAGCCACUUUUUUAACUUUCACGUCGUACGCCAUCUUGUAAAUAUUUUGUAAUGUAUUUUUACAUGUUUUAAUUAUCUAUUUAUUGUACACUGUGUGUAUUAAUGACGCAGUCUAUCUGACAAGUGUCGGUCAGCGACGUAGAUCAC